AUGCAGCCAUAUACCCAAAACUGGACCCAGGUAACAGAGUUUGUAAUGGUGGGCUUUGCUGGGGUGCAUGAAGCUCACUUUCUCUUCUUCACACUCUUCCUCACCAUGUACCUGUUCACCGUGGUGGAGAAUUUGGCUAUUAUCUUGGUGGUAAGUUUGGACCACCAGCUAUGGAGGCCCAUGUACUUCUUCCUGACCCAUUUGUCCUGCCUGGAAAUCUCGUAUACCUCGGUCACAGUGCCCAAGAUGUUAACUGGUUUUAUUGGGGUGGAUGGGGGAAAGAACAUCUCCUAUGCUGGCUGCUUGUCCCAGCUCUUCAUCUUCACCUUCCUUGGGGCAACUGAGUGUUUCUUACUGGCUGCCAUGGCCUAUGACCGCUAUGUGGCCAUUUGUAUGCCUCUCCGCUAUGGGGCCUUGGUGUCCUGGGGAACAUGUAUCCAUCUGGCAGCUGCUUGUUGGCUGGUGGGCUUCCUUACACCCAUUUUCCCCAUCUACCUCAUGUCCCAGCUGAAAUUUUGUGGCCCCAAUGUCAUCGACCACUUCUUCUGUGAUGCCUCACCUCUGCUAGCCCUGUCUUGCUCAGAUGUCACCCUGAAGGAGACUACGGACUUCCUGGUCUCUUUGGCUGUGCUUCUGGCCUCCUUUUCAGUAAUUACUGUGUCCUAUGGCAACAUUGUCUGGACACUACUGCAUAUCCGCUCAGCUGCUGAGCGCCGGAAGGCUUUCUCCACCUGUGCAGCUCACCUGAUUGUCGUGAGCCUCUUCUAUGGCACUCUCUUCUUUAUGUAUGUCCGGACCAAGAUGGCCUCCUCCAUGAACUUCAACAAGGUGAUAUCUGUCUUCUACUCCAUCGUCACGCCAAUGUUCAACCCUCUCAUUUACAGUCUUCGGAACAAGGAGGUGAAGGGAGCCCUGGGCAGAGCCUUUACCCUCAAGUCUUGGAAGGGGCAGUGA